GCCUAAUCCACUUCGUUUUUUGAAGAUGCGGAUAAAAAAACACAGCAGCUCAAUCAAAUCAAAUAAACAAAAUAAGAUUCUUAUUUGCGGUGCCGAUUUUCCAUUCAUCAGAAACAAGUUCGAGUCAACUGAACCGGAAAACGCAUUCGGAGUUGGUCACUCCAGAUCAUAAAACCCUAAAAUCGAAAUGAAGCCAUUGUCACCAGCGCCGCCGUCACCCACCACCGCUGCAAAGAGAAAAGCUUUCGCCACCUAUCAUCGCCUCAAUUAACAAUAACACCCAAUCUUCUCUCUUCGCGCGACAAGAUUCCGUACCCUCCGUCUUCCGUCGUGUCUGCGACCUCUGUCUUCCGUCGUGUCCGCUCAGGACAACCUGCAGGACUCGUCUGCUCUAAAAGGCUCUAAAAGUAGCAGAUACUCAAUCCAUCAGCAUAUUAUCUGAUCUGAUAGAAAAUGGCUGCUGAAGAUAACAACAAUCUUAUUGAGAUCUUGGAAAACCAGAACUUAAUUGAUGUUGCUAAAUAUAUGAAAUUUGUCAGUGCCCCACAAGCUGGUGCUAUAGCUACAUUUUCAGGCACAACCCGUGACACUUUUGACGGCAAAACAGUCUUGGAGUUGAUAUACGAAGCUUACAUUCCAAUGGCGAUACGUUGUAUCAAUUCUGUCUGUUUGUCUGCCAGAGAAUCCUGGAAUCUACAUUCCAUUGCUGUUGCUCAUCGGCUAGGCACCGUACCUGUAGGAGAAACGAGUGUCUUCAUCGCAGUGUCAUCUGUGCACAGGGCCGAUGCGCUUGAGGCAUGUAGAUAUUUGAUAGAUGAAAUAAAAGCAACAGUUCCUAUUUGGAAGAAGGAGGUUUAUUCAAAUGGAGAGGUCUGGAAAGAGAACAUUGAAUUCUUGGAGAGGAGAUCUGAGCUUGGUAAAAAGGAUGUAGCUGUAGCUUGCUGUGGAAAAAAGUUAGAAGUUAAGGAGCAUAGCAAAAAGCUUUGUUGUGGGACUAAGGUCCGGGUUGGCGAUGAAGGUAGCCAGGAUUAAUGUCAACUUUGGGGAUAAAAAUAUACAAGAGGGUGAUUGGAACUAAUUUAAGAUUACUUUGCAGAAUCUCACUGUCUUUUCCACCAUUCCCUUUUCCAUUUACUCUUAAUAAGAUUGUAUUUAAGAUUUGAAGUCAAUAAACCUGCUCAUCUCUUGAUACUAAUAUUAUCAUCAAUCUUGUUAUUUAACUUCUUUUGUCCAUAGGUCGUAAGAGCUUAAUCUUGCAACUUCAAGAGAUGGAGUUCAAAUUCUCUUGCAGAUGGAAUGGUUGUAAAAUGAUAAUUAAUAUCACUUUAAUUAAUAAUUA